CUGAGACCCCCAUCGAGGAGUUUGCACCCACACCGGCGUUUCCUGCCCUGCAGUACCUGGAGUCAGUGGAUCAGGGGGGCGUGGCCUGGAGGGCGGGGCUACGGACAGGAGACUUCCUCAUCGAGGUGAACGGGACCGACGUGGUGAAGGUGGGUCACCGGCAGGUGGUCUCUCUGAUCCGACAGGGGGGAAGUCGCCUGCUGAUGAAAGUCGUGUCAGUUUCCCGGAAAUCAGAAACCAACCUGAUCAGAAAGAAAG